UAGCGAUGAAACGCCGAUGAGCCCAUUAUCGGACGUACCUAACUCUUGACAUGAACGUUUUAAUUUUUUCUUCAUACUUUAAAUCUCCAUUAGCAGUCGGACACGUGUUUUAAAAGAGGGCUGCAAAUGCAUGUGACAUUUUUUGUGCAUAUAUACACUCAUAAUUUGGUAUACAAACCCAAUUCGGAGUCUGCUGAUGAAGCGCAUCCGCCUAGGCUAGCGAAGGAGGAGCGACUGGCGGUAUCGGUUAUUUCUGUUUUCACUGCCCCGGGUUUGUGUCUGUGGGCGAUGCUCCAGGCUCCAUCCACGUCUAUUGACCGCGGAUAGCGAUGGCAAUGCAGGAAAUGACCUAGAGGCCUUACAGAUACAUUUGUGCUUUUGUCGCUCCAAUCUGCAUCCGCGGAGAGCAGCGAGAUCUGGAAGCACACUUGUUUCCACGGUGAGUGAUAUCUACCUCAGCCAGCGUACAGGGGAGAAGCUGCUGGAGACUUCAGACAGGCAGACCGAGCUAUCAGCUGGCCACUCGCUCCCUGCCUGCAGAGUCCUGCUUUGUGAAGAGGAUUUGAGACGGACUGGAUCUGUCUGCCCUUCGCCUCCCACAGAAACCACAUCGUCUGAUUCCAGCGUUUACUUACGUUUUUCUUUUUUAUCACUGUCAUUUUUCCUCCGUGCUGUUGACCAGUGUCUGCUUUUCCUCGGAUUCAUUUGUGCUUUCAGCUUUUAAAAGGAUUUUCUACUUUUAUUAGUGCAGGCUGGACUAGAUUUAUAUAUGUACAUGCAUAUGUGUAUUUACUCUGCAUACUGUAUGAAGAAGGAUCUUUUCACCCAACUGUGAAGGAAAGUUAAUGCACUUUAAAACUCGGCUGUAGUUUCACUUUAAGUAAAUAGUUUUUGACUUUUCCUCCCCUUAUUAUUAUGAUCAUUGUGUUUGAAGCUGGACACAGAAUCUGGAGGUUUGUCUGUGCUGUUUUGUAAGCUGGGCCUGAAGUAUCUGCAGCAGGGCUGCAUGUAAGCGUUUCACUCAGCCUGUCAGUGUUUCCGAUCGCCCUCCGACCUCUCCCCAUUCUGCGCUGCCUCUCUACAAGGCACACUGAGAUGAGCCUCUGGCAGGUGGAAUCCUUGAGCUGUCUUUUUACGUAACUUGAACAGUUUCAGGACUGUGGACCGGGUGUGGUGUUUUUGUAAAGAGGACAAGAGAACUUUGCGGAGGAAAACAAACUAACAAACACAGUUUCCGGUGCUGUUGCACAACUUAUGUAUUGUUGUAGUGCACAGGAAAGUAAAAUGGACUACAAGCGUCGCUUUUUGCUCGGCGGGUCCAAGCAGAAAGUGCAACAGCACCAGCAGUACCAGAUGCCUGAGCUGAGCCGGACCUUGAGCGCCUCCCUGGCCUCCUCUUGCUCGGCCUCUUCGCCUAUGGGCACCGGGGUGGGCAUGCCCGGCAGCUGCCACCCACUUCCUUCUGGCGCCACCACCGCAGUUGCAGACAUCCAGCAAGGCAUCUCCAAAUAUUUGGAUGCCCUCAACGUUUUCUGCAGAGCCAGCGCCUUCCUCACAGACCUGUUCAGCAGUGUGUUCAGGAACUCUCACUAUUCCAAAGCAGCUAUGCAACUGAAGGACGUGCAGGAACACGUCAUGGAGGCGGCCAGCAGGCUGACUGCAGCAAUAAAGCCUGAGAUCGCCAAGAUGUUGAUGGAGCUGAGCGCCGGGGCCGCCAACUUCAAAGACCAGAACGACUUCAGCCUGCAGGAUGUUGAGGUGCUGGGUCGGUGCUUCCUCACGGUGAUGCAGGUCCAUUUCCAGUUUCUAUCGCAGGCUUUGCAGAAGGUCCAGCCCGUGGCACAGUCCUGCCUGGCAGAGGCUCUUGCCCAGGCCCAGGAGCGUUGCGCCAACGCCCGCUCCCAAAGCGCCGACCUGGGGCCCCUCACAGAGCUGGAGGAAGCCUCCCGCUUGUGGAAAGGUGCAGCUCAGGCCAUGGCGAGGCUGAGAGAGAGGGGACGGGACGGCUGCCUGGCAGGCAUCCAGGUUCAGCAUCUCUUCUGCUCCAACAACACCACCAUCCCUGAACACCAGCUGAAGGAGCUCAACAUGAAGAUUGACAAUGCUUUACAGGCAUAUAAAGUGGCACUAGAGAGCCUGGGUCAUAGUGAGUACGCACUGAAGGCCGGCUUUCAUCUUAACCCCAAAGCUGUGGAGGCGGCCUUACAGAGCUGCUGCAGUGAGGCGGAGGCCCAGCAGGCGGGCAGGAUGCAGACCACCUCCCAGCCCAUCCAGUGUGAGCUGCCCACCAUCCCCGUGCAGAUCGGCUCACAUUUCCUCAAAGGAGUGUCCUUCAACGAGUCCGCUGCUGAAAACCUCAAACUGAAAACGCACACGAUGCUGCAGCUCAUUAAGGAGGCGCUGGGCCAGAACGGGGUGACCCCCAGGGACGACUCCCCCGUCACAGAGGUCCUCAACCAAGUCUGCCCAUCCAGCUGGAGAGGAGCCUGCAAGACGGCUGUCCAGCUGCUGUUCGCCCAGGCUGGUCUGGUGGUGGUUGAUACGGCGCAGAUUGAGAACAAGGAGGCCUACGCCCCCCAGAUCACUCUAGAAGGGUCCAAAGUGGUGGUCCAGGUUCCCUCCACAUGGUGUCUGAAGGAGGACCCAGCCACUAUGUCUUUGCUCCAGAGGAGCUUGGAUCCGGAGAAGACACUCGGUCUCGUAGACGUGCUCUACACAGCCGUGUUUGACAUCAACCGGUGGAAGGAGAGAAAAGAGCAGGCGUUGCCCACGAUCCAGCUGCAGCUGCAGCGGGAGAGUCCCGACUACAGCGGCCAGGCUGACCUGCCUCCAGGCCCCUGCUCCAAGACCUCCAGUGGAUUGCCCAAAACAAUAAUCAAGCUGACUUCCAAGUUCACCAAGAAGGUCUCAUCCAGCUCUAACAGUGGGGGCAGUUACUCCAUCCCUAACACCCCGUCUCGCAGCAUGCUAACAAGCAGUAGCUCUGAGGAUAAAACCAAGAGCUUGGGCCACAGCGACGGGAGGCUGCAGAGCAUCCUGCAGAUGAGCAGUCUGUCCUGCACCCCGGACUCUAUCCAGCAGGGCCAGCUGGCCAACGGCUUAGUGUCCGAGGACCAGGGGAUGAACCUGCCCACCGACCAAGAGAUGCAGGACGUCAUCGACUUUCUCUCAGGAUUCAACAUGGGGAAGUCCCAGCAGGCUUCGCCCCUGGUCAAGAGAAGGAAUUCUGUGGCGUCUGCAAACCCCGCUGAGCUGAAGCCCCCGAGUGGACCUCUGCCAACUUCCCAGUCUAUCUCUCACAGUGCCCUACAGCCCCAAGCCCAGACCAUGCCCCCGCCUCAGCCCCAGCCUCCACCAUCAGUGCAGAAGCAGCAACCUCAACCGCCUCCUCCGCAGCAGCAACAACAGCAGCAGCAGCAGCAGCAGCAGCAGCAGCAGCAGCCCCCUCCUCCACCUCAACAACCCUCCCCUCAGGCCCUACAAUACUACCAGCACCUCCUGCAGCCCAUCAGUCAGCAGCAGCCUCCUCCUCCUCAGCAGACCCCACCCCAGGUCCUGUCACAGCAAAGAGUGGCGAGCAAGUGGCUCGGCAGCUCCUCUGGGCAACAGCCUCCACCGCAAGGCCCCCCAGCAGGGCUGUCCCCCCUGGGUCCCAUCGGGCAGUGGGGCUCUCCUGGACUGCCAGACCUGAGCUCCGAUCUGUACAGUCUGGGCCUGGUCAGCACCUACAUGGACAGCGUCAUGUCCGAGAUGCUGGGUCAGAAGCCGCAGGGGCCCCGCAACAACACUUGGCCCAACAGGGACCAGAGUGAAGGAGUGUUUGGAGUCCUGGGAGACACGCUGCCCUUCGACCCAGCAGUUGGCUCCGACCCGGAGUUUGCACGUUACGUUGCCGGCGUCAGUCAGGCCAUGCAGCAGAAACGGCAGGUGCAACACAUCCGUCGCCCCAGCAACACGCGCAGCAACUGGCCAAUGCCUGAAGAGCAGCACAGGACCUGGUCCCACCCAGAGUACUACAGUGAGGGGGAGGCUGUAAACAGCAGCUGGUCAGCCAAUCAGGGCGACUCGGCCAGCUCCAGCGACGAGACGUCUUCAGCCAACGGCGACAGUCUGUUCUCCAUGUUUUCUGGGCCGGACCUUGUAGCGGCGGUUAAACAAAGGAGAAAACACAGCUGUGGUGAGCCGGAGGUGUGCACCCUGCCCUCCCCUCCCCUCCAUCACAUGGGCGAUGAUAACCAGGAUAGCAAAACUAAAACCUGGCCUCCCAAAGCGCCAUGGCAGCACUCCACCAACACCAACACCAUGCCCAAUCCCAGCUCUUCCUUGUACCAGAUGAACAUCCCUCCCUCCUCCCAGUGGAGCGACUCCAUGCAGAUGCUGCAGUCUCCCGUGUGGUCCACUGCCAGCGACUGCUCCCCCUCCACCGGCAUCUCCUCUGGUUUCCCCUUCACCCAGCAGCAGCAGCAGCAGCAGCAACAACAGCAACACAAACCCAUGACCAAGGGCUUUAAAUCCUUCCCCCUCAAACACGAGCACAGGCCCUCCUACCUUCACCAGUACUGAUCACAGUCUAAUGUCCGCGGCGAAGUGCCACGAGGGCCCUGAAGCUCUUAGAUGAGCCGCUGUGUGGGCCGAGCUGCAGCCGUUACAGUCCACGCCCACUGAAUUGGAAGAUUUCAAAGCCUCAGAGGCAAAAUUAAGUAUACACACUGGCGCAACAUUUUUGUAUCUAUAUUUUUCCAUGUCAAACAUCCCCCAUUUUUUGAAAAGGAGACGUAUUUUGAAGUUUUUCGAACUGCCAUGUUUUAACUACGACAGGUGCAUGCGUCAUGCUGGCAGCAGUUAGUCUAGUGGUCGUUUCUCUGUCUGUCGAGCUGACGUCUCCGCAGACAAGAGCUGGAGACGUGCACGGCCGUCACCCACUUGCUUCUGCAGCUAAACGUGUGUGCGUGUGCGUGCAUGUGUGCGUGUGCCUGCCUGUGUGUGUGUGUGUGUGUGUGUGUGUGUGUGUGUGUGAAUGAGGGGAUUACAAGGGGGGCAGGGGCUUGAAAUGCUCUCAUUUUUGCCCAUAAUAAAUAUACUGUGUCUACAUAGCUGUAACUGCCAAAUCUCACGCAAGAUGACUCAGAAUACAGCUACCAUCUACUGUUUCAUAGCUUGUAAAAUACUGAAGUUGAAAUAUAAAUAUUUAGUUCUUUUUAUUAAGAGGCUUUGAGCAGGCUCAGCAUAAAUAUAGUAAGUCACUGCAGAUGUGUAAUUUGAGAGGAAUACACUACUUUUUCAGCAACUGACCAGAGUUAAGAACUAUAGCAGUAACUAUGUGCCAUGUUGGUAUUGAUAGCACUUGCAGAUUAUUCCCAACCAAAGCGUUGUUCAGAAGAUGAAUGGUGCUGAAGAGAUGCGAGGCGGUCUGAGAUUAUUGAUAAACCGUGAAGUUGCACCCUAUUGGAUGAGAGCUUUAGGGAUCAUCUUCACACACAUUCAUUUCCUCCAAUUGGCAGUUGUUUGCUCCAGAUUGACACUAACUCCCAUAAACCUAACUUUUCUUCUGUUUAAUAAUACAAUAUUUUUCUUGUACAAUUAUUGACAGUAUUAAUCUUAUUUUUGUAUUUUCUUACAUGUUAUACCAUUACUGUAUGUUAGUAUUCUUGUAGGACAUAUUACAUAAAACAUUAUUUUCCACCUCCCAAUAUGUGAAAAAGCACAUUUUUUUCCUACAGAGUUGAACUACACCAUCUAUAAAGGUUACCAAAUAUGCCAUGCUCAACACUAAAACAUUGUGUGAUGAGGGUGCUUUCGAGCCCUUGUUUCUUUGGUUUCUAUGGCGAUGGGCUGUAUUUAAAAGCCCAGAAUGUUAUCUUUUUGUGAUGUUUGCGGAUGCCAAUGUUGCCUGUAUUUAUGAAAUGACACCCAUGUUUUCAGAAAACUAACAUACUUAACAUGUUUACAGAGAAUUGUUUGCUGUAUAUACAUAUAAAUAUAUAUCUUUUUAUAGUUAAUGUGCUUUGCACAAUCAAGAUAUAGGGUUUGUUGCUUUUUGUCUGUGUUAUCUCCCUAACUGUUGCAGCCUUUUUUAAAGACAUCAUUACAGACCUUGGACUGUAACUGUUAGCUCAGCUGUGUCAUAUGGUUUACUAGUGGCUUCUACAAAAAAUAAAAAAUAAAUAAUAAAAACAUGUUGCCCUGAUAGAAGAUAUGAAGGGGGACUGCUUGGCUUAUGUUGCUUAUUGUUCUCUUGAGCUGGCAACUGAAUCUUUCCAAGUGUACCAGCAAUGCAAAAAAUGAAUAAAAAUGACUAGCAAUUCGAA